AUGAUAAAGGUGACAAUAUUUUUAUUGCUGUCCAUAUUUAGUUUUAACUUGUAUGGAUUAGAAUUAAGUGAAAAGCUUUCUACAAAAUAUGGAGCUGAGCAAGGUGUUGAAAGUACAGAUAUAAAUACCAAGUUAUGUAGCGAUAUAUUGAAAUACUUAUAUAUGGAUGAAUAUUUAUCCGAAGGUGAUAAGAGUUCAUUUGAAAAGAAGUGUCACAAUGUUAUUGGGAACAUAAGAAAUACUUUUAGUAAUAAGAAUACAAUAAAAGAAGGAAAUGAAUUUUUAAUGAGUAUAUUACAUAUGAAAUCAUUAUAUGGUAAUAAUAGUAAUGCUGGUUCUGAGAGUGAUGUAACUUUGAAGAGUUUAUAUUUAAGUUUGAAAGGUUCUCAAAAUACGGAAGGUGAAUCUGAAGUACCUAGUGAUAGUGAAAUAAAUAAGACAAUUAUGAAUUUUGUUAAAUUCAAUAAAUAUCUUUUAGAUAAUUCUAAUGAUGUUAAAAAAGUUCAUGACUUUUUAGUUUUAACUAGCCAAUCUAAUGAAAAUUUAUUACCUAAUAAAGAGAAAUUAUUUGAACAAAUAGUAGAUCAAAUUAAAUAUUUUGAUGAAUAUUUCUUUGCAUCAGGUGGUAAAAUAAAAGUUAAAAAAGGUUAUUUAAAAUAUAAUUUCCUUGAUAUUUAUAAAGAACCAGUUUGCUCUGCUUAUCUUCAUCUUUGUAGUAGAUAUUAUGAAUAUGUUUCUAUAUAUAUAAGAUUGAAAAAAGUUUUUAAUGGUAUACCAGCCUUCUUAGAUAAAAAUUGUAGGAAAGUAAAAGGAGAAGAAUUCAAAAAACUUAUGGAUAUGGAAUUAAAACAUAGUCAUAUUGUUGAAAGGUUUGACAAAUAUAUAAUUUCUGAUGAUUUAUAUUUUGUUAAUAUGAAAGUUUUUGAUUUAAAAAAUGUAGAUAAAAUACAAGUAUCCAAAAUUGAUGAUAUUAAUAAUCUAAAUAUAUAUGAACAUAAAGAAACUAUGCAUCUUUCAGCAAAAAAUUUAUCAAGAUAUAUAGAUAUAAAAAAAGAAUUAAAUGAUGAAAAAGCAUAUAAGCAAUUAAUGUCGGCCAUCCGAAAAUAUGUAACAACACUUACUAAGGCAGACUCAGAUAUAACUUACUUUGUUAAACAAUUGGAUGAUGAAGAAAUAGAAAGAUUUCUUGUCGACUUAAAUUUCUUUUUAUAUAACGGUUUCUUGAGAAUUACCGAAGACAAACACCUAAUCAACGCAGAUGAUGUAUCUCCAAGUUAUAUUAAUUUAUAUAGAUCUAAUAAUAUUGUAGCUUUGUACAUAUUAAAAACACAAUAUGAAGAAAAUAAAUUAUCAGAAUACAGAGCACAUAAAUUUUACAGAAAAAAAAGAGUUUCCAAUAUAACUAACGAUAUGAUUAAAAAACAUUUCACUGAAACUAAUGCACUUACCAAUUUACCAAACUUAGAUAAUAAAAAAUCCACUGAAUAUUAUUUAAAAGAAUAUGAAAAAUUUGUAGAGAACUUCGAACCAGAUAUUCAUGAUAUCAUGAAAUUGCAACUCUUUUUCACUAUGGCCUUUAAGGACUGCAACGUCAACCAAAAUUUCACCGAGACUUCCAAGAAGUUAUGGUUUGACCUCUUAUAUGCUUACGACAAAUUUGGAUGGUUUUAUAUCCACCCCAAUGAAGUAAUUAACAGUAUUAAUAAGACCGAUUUUGUUAGACAUGUUUUAGUGAGCAGAAAUUUUCUUUUAAAAAACAAUGAUCAACUUACAUUUUUGGAAACACAAGUUGCCAAGAUAGUUGAAAUAAUAAAUUUAUCUUUGGAAGUUGACAAAUCAGCAGAUUCUUUAGACUUUUCCAUACCUAUGAAUUUCUUCAAUCAUAAAAAUGGUUAUCAUGUGAUGAAUGAUGAUAAAUUAAAAUUAUUAACAAGUUAUGAAUAUAUUGAUUCUAUUGCAAAUAACUAUUUUUUCCUUAGUGAAUAUAAAAAUGAUGUUUUCAGAACUGGAAAUAAUUUUAAAUUAUAUUUCAACCUUCCAAAUAUAUACAGUUUAGCAUAUCAAUUAUUUAAUGAAUUAGCUAUUAACAUUAAUGUUAUUACUAAUGUUCCAUUAAAAAAAUAUUUAAAAUACAAUGCAAGUUAUGCUUAUUUUACUUUAAUGAAUAUGAUCGGAAAAAAUCAUGAUAUCUACUCAAAGGGUUCUCGUUUUGUUUAUGCAUCAUAUAUUUUAGGAUUAGUUUUUUUCAUUGAAUCCCACAUCGAUAUUGCUCGUUUGAAACCAAAAGAUUUCUUUUUCAUGAAACAGUCCUUACCAAUUAUAGACCAUGUUUAUCACAAAGAUCUCAAGACAUUGAAAAAGAAUUGUACUUUAUUAACAGACUUUAUGAAAAUUAACAAAAACUCACAAAACUAUGAAUUAACCCACACCGAAGAAAUGAUUAAAAUAUUAGGUUUAUUAACUGUCACGUUAUGGGCAAAAGAAGGAAAGAAAUCAGUAUAUUAUGAUGAUGAUGUUAGUUUAUAUAGAAAAUUAAUGGUCAGCUGUGUUUUCAAUGGAG